CGCUUUAACACAAACGAGGCACUGGAAAGCACCUCUUGAUAUCAUCUGUCAUUUCAUUUGUCAGUGUGUUGUGUUGUCAUCUGCCUCCACAUUUUCAAUACGGAUUUUUGAAAAAAGAUUAAAUGGUGAAUAGACAAUAGUCUCCAUUGUUAACUAAUAAUCUUCUUCAAAAUGCUGUCUUUGACGCACAGCCUUCGAAGCCUUGCCAUAGCCGGUGAAGCAAUACCAAGUAAUUACAAAUACCAAGCAGUACGAUGGAGGAAACCCCGCUGGGUCCCAAAGGCGAAAAGCAAAAUUUUCAAAGUACCUGAAAGACCAGUCAUACCAGAGGAAGAAAAAUUGGAACUCAUGAGAUUAUACAAUAACUACAGAACCAAAGUAAAAUCACUACGAAGUUACUUAGUUGCCAAACAUUGUACGAAAUUUCAAGCAAGUGAGGAUCCUGAGGAACAGAGGAGAUUGUUUGAGGAAGACUUGCAACAUUGUAUAAAGAUGAACAAUGAGUGGAAUGAAAAGCAAAGGAUAUUCAGAGAACAAGCUAUGACUGAAGAAUUAGAAGCAAACUUAUCAUAUGCAAGAAAAAGAUUAGAAGAUGAAUUAAUCAAACAGGAAGAAAAGAUUAAAGCAAUUGAAGAAAUCGUACAAAAGCAAAAAGAAGCUGCUAAGAACUUCAUUCUACCUGAAAAUAUAGAUGAGGCUAUUGAUAAGGCUUUGGAAAAUCCUGUAGAUUAUAACUUUGCAAUAACAUUGAAUGGGGAGAAAAUUAUUGGAUAUUAUAAUCAUAAAGUUGGAGAUAAAAAUGAAAAUGUAGUUAAGCAGUAAAAUUGUUUGAUAAUGUAGUAUCAUUAAAUGAUUUUAUCAAAUUAAGUGUUGUUUCAUUUACAAUUUUAGAAGACUGUAGGGUUCAAUUUUGAACCAUUUUUAAGGAAAUAUUUUUGAAGCAU